AUGAAGCUGCAAAUUAAAGAACCAGCACCAGAAAGUGAAGGUAUGAGAAUUAAUGAAGUUGAAGAGACUAACGAAAUAGCAACAUUGGCAUUGAUGAGAACUAAAGCUGUUACAAGAAGAUUGCGAUUAGAAUAUGCCAUACUAUUAGAAAGGUUAGAAGAACGUGCAACCAAACUUCCAUCAGGAAUUGGCGGUUUUGAAGAAAUGGCAUCACCUCCAACUCCUAGUGUUUUAGACGAGUCUUUGAACGUUAACAAUUCUGCUGCUUCCAAAAAUGGAGUGCUGAAGAAGGGAAAUAAAAAAGCUAAAUUAGUUAGUACAGCUUCUGGAGAGAGCGGUAGUUCUUCCAGUGUGAAACAAAAAAUACGGGAUCCUGAUAUGCCAAAGAGACCAACCAAUGCAUACUUGAUCUUUUGUGAUAUGGAAAAGGAGAAAAUUAAGAAAGAAAAUGAAGAGAAAAACCCUGGUGUUGUUAGUGAUUUAUCUAAGAGUAUGACAGAAGCGUGGAAGGGUUUGGAUGAAGAAGACAAAAAGCCUUAUUUUAAAUUAUACGUGGAUGACAAAGCGAGGUAUGAAAAAGAAAUGCAAGCGUAUAACUUAAAAAAGCAAAAACCCGAAGAAACUGACGAAAAUAUUUUACCAAAGGGAGAAAAACUAGAUACAGAGACACCUUUAGAUACCCCUGAACCAGCUGAAACAAGUUCACAUGAUUUUGAUUCAUCUAUUGCAGAAAAUGAUCAAGAAGAUGUAGCUGAUGAAGACCUUGAUGAAGAGCAACAAGUUGAUGAAGUAGCUGCUGAUAAUGAUACAAGUGAAGCUACUCCCGUGCUCAAGGAUGAGGUUGAGGAAUCAGGAACACCUGCUGCUAACGAUGUUAGUGAUUAG